AUGAUGCUAUUGAGAUGUUUGUGUGCGCCAGGCGCAACACUACGAGGAUUUAUCGGCCUGUUCGUCUUGGCUACACUGUGGAGUAUUGCUGGCACUGCCGAUAUACUGAUCAUGCCGAGCUCACUGUACCCGGUACAUCGUUAUACGAUGCGAGUUCUGGCCGAGGAAUUGGUGAAACGGGGCCACGACUCCAAAUUAUCUCUUCCAUCUGAUGUCCACGAAACAUUCUGGCGAAUUUCAUCAUCAAAUCCGGAAAUCCGGGAUCUGUAUUUGCACCGGAAUCAUUCGGUUCAUUCACGAAUCUGGACUACUGAUUUCAGUGAUGAUGCUGAACGUACCACUGCAUGGCUGGCAAGCAUCGAAAUGUGCGAUCAGAAAUUCACAGCGGUGAUUAUUGAUGAUCUGUAUAAUCCAUGUGGCUUGCUGUUGGCUGGCCUUCAAAAAACUCCCUUCAUCUAUUGGUCAAUGAGCGCCUUGCGAACAGAGUCAGCUUGGGCACAUCAGAGUCCAAGUCCACCAAGUUAUCUUCCUGUGCCGGGUUCCUGGUUAACCGACGAUUUAUCAUUUUUGCAGCGAUACUAUAAUUUUGCAUCAUAUUUUCGUGCCCUUUUCAUUCAUCAGCACCUAAUUUUGCGACGAAUCGACAAGCUUUUCAAGAAAUAUUAUGGUGACUUGCUACCAGAAGCUUUUUAUAUCGAGCGUAAUGCAUCGGUGAAUUUCGUCAAUACACCGCAAAUUUUUGAUUUUGCUCGACCGUAUAUGCCACGGGUUACGUUUGUUGGUGGAAUUCAGUGUCGCAAUGCAACGCCACUAACUGGGGAUUUGCGCACCUUCGUUGAUGAGUCAGAUGAAGAAAAUGGAUUUGUUCUGUUUACUGUCGGUUUUACGGGACAGUGGAAAUUUGCUCCAAAAGAUAUUAUUGAGAGUUUUGUACAAGCGUUUGCGGAGCUGCCCGAGAAGCGAUUUAUUUGGCAGUACAAUGGUCCGAACAUUCCAAAUCUUCCUAGCAAUGUUUACAUCGCCGAAUGGCUCCCGCAGCAAAACUUAUUAGAAAGUGUCUGGCAUGGUGUGCCAGUGAUUGGAAUUCCACUAACUACCGCCGGUUAUGAUAAUUUGCUUCGUCUAACGGCUCGUGAUGUGGGCAUAUUCUUACGAAAACAGAAUUUGAACAAGGAAAGCAUCAAAGAUGCUAUCAGAGAAAUCUAUAAUCCCAAGUACAAAAAGGAGAUGCUUACUUUUCAAGAUAUGCUAGUAGAUGUACCGUACACCGAGUUAAAUCAUUCGGCAUUUUGGGUUGAAUUUAUCGAGCGCCACAAUGAGGUUUGCACAAAUUAUUACUAUUCACUAUUGAUUUAGUG